UAUCCGCUGACGCAUCCCGGGUCCGGCGGAGGAGCGUCCCGUCCAUCAGGCAGCGCUGCGCAGCCAUGGCGCACGUCGACGGGCCGCGGCGCAUGUUUCUCUGGUGCGUGGCCGCCAUCUACACCUCUGCGUUUGUCUCGCUCUACUUGCAGAUACCAGGUCUCUAUGGUAAUGAGGGACUGUUGCCUGCCAAGUGGCAGAUGCGAUACAAUGACAAGUCUCUGUGGGAGCAACUCCUGUCUUCUCCUACUCUGCUGUGGUUGGGACCUCGACUGGGCCUGGACACGUACACCGCCGUGGAACUGCUGUGUCUGAUGGGGGCAGCACUGAGCUUGGCUGCCACGCUGGUGGAGGCGCUCCGAGACAGCCUGGUGUUUUUCUGUCUUUGGGUGCUGUACCUGUCCUUGUACCAGGUAGGCCAGGUCUUCCUCUACUUCCAGUGGGACAACCUGCUCCUAGAGACAGGGUUCCUCUGUAUCCUUGUUGCCCCGCUGACAUUAGUCAGGGGUUUGCGGGGAGUCAGAGAGCACGACUGUGUGACUUUCUGGUUGGUCCGCUGGCUGCUCUUUAGACUCAUGUUUGCCUCGGGAGUGGUCAAACUCACCUCGCGAUGUCCUACCUGGUGGGGCCUCACAGCUCUCACGUAUCACUACGAGACCCAGUGUAUCCCCACUCCCCUGGCCUGGUUUGCCCAGCAGUUGCCGGUGUGGUGGCAGAAGCUGAGCGUGGUGGGGACCCUCGUGAUAGAGAUCGCCGUGCCCUUCCUCUUCUUCAGCCCACUGCGCAGGCUGCGACUAGGGGCCUUCUACGUGCAGGUGCUAUUGCAGGUACUUAUCAUCCUGUCUGGCAACUACAACUUCUUCAACUUACUGACCAUGACCCUUUGUCUGUCUCUACUGGACGACGAGCACGUAAACUUCUGGCUACGCAAGGCUGAGAAAACCAACAUCAAUGGGUCCAGGUUGUGGUCAGGGUUGUGUUACCUGGUGGAAAUAACAGUGUGGUCUCUCAUCAUCUUCGGAAUGACCCGGCUUUUUGACCUGCAGCUGGACUGGGGGAAGAAGAGCAUCUCCUCCAGAACAGCGUUCACAUACCACCAGUUUAACCAGUUCCUGAAGAGUGUCACCAUCCCCUCCAUCUGGAUGGGUGUCCUCUUUCUCACCUGGGAGAUGAUCACCUCCAUGUUCAGGUGUGCCUGUGUCCAUGGUUACCUGAGAAGGUUCUGGGCUACUCUGCAGUGGACUGGGAUAUGUGCUGCCGCCGCCGUCUUGUUUGCAGUCAGUCUGGUUCCAUUCACUUACAUUGAGUAUGACUCCAACGCAAGGUUGUGGCCAGGGGUGCGUCACGCCUACGAGAUGGUGGACCGCUACCAGCUGACCAACUCCUAUGGCCUGUUCAGAAGGAUGACGGGCGUUGGUGGCCGGCCAGAGGUUGUUAUCGAAGGCAGCAACGACGGGGUCACAUGGACGGAGAUAGAGUUUAUGUAUAAGCCAGGCAACGUCAGUGCCCCUCCCGCGGUGCUGGCACCCCACCAACCAAGGUUGGACUGGCAGAUGUGGUUCGCUGCCCUGGGCCCGCAUACACAGGCGCCGUGGUUCACCAGCCUCAUGUAUAGGCUGCUGCAAGGCAAGACAGACGUGAUAGAGCUGAUCCAGUCAGAUGUGUCCCAGUAUCCGUUCCACCUGCAGCCCCCGGCCUACCUCCGAGCCCACCGCUACAAAUACUGGUUCACUGAACCAAAGGCUGACGGUUCAUACCCUCAGCGGUGGUGGAGGAGGGUGUACGUGGAGGAGUUCUACCCUACCGUGCAUCUCGGAGACCACUUCCUGGAGAACAUGCUCAGCCAGUAUGGACUGAAGGACAGAGCCCCUCCACGGCGUCCUUCCAAUGCCAUGAUUCCUCAAGCCAUGCGGUGGCUGCGCUCACAGGCAAGGGGGGUUCCCGCUCCUGCGCUAAUUUGGAGCCUGCUUGCCUGCAGCGCCUCCCUCUGUCUGCUCCGGGGUUUCCAAAGCGCCAACAAGCAUGCGGCAAGAGAAAAAACAUCGACGACAUUCGAGCCCGCAGAGACUGCCGGCGACCGUACGGAGGGCGGACCCGACGGCUCCACAGGCACUACCACGCUGUCAGACGAACCCCAGGUGGAGAAAGAGGAGGAGGCGGAUGAAGGGGGGGAGGAGGUGGAGGACGGUGGUGACGAGUCGACAGAUGACGGAGGUGAAAGAGACUCCGUUGGUGACGAAAAGGAGGAACUGGGAGAAAAGCGGGAAGGACAGCCUCAGAAAGACGAGCUGAAUCUCUGA